AUGAUCACAGGAAAUUUGGCUGAACUUGUAUGGGGAAGUGUUGAGCUAGCCCUUAAUGUUCUAUUAUACUCUAGAUUGAAAUUACCACAAAAAGUAAUGUCUCAAGGUCUAUUACGUAUGUCACUUGUUCGUGAAUGCAAUUACAAUUACAACUUUGGGGUUGACACUAAGGUACAUAAGGAUGUACAUUAGUUUCUAGAUUGUUAGAUAUGUUGUUGCCUCAUUACUCGCUCCCAAUAUAGUUAGACACUUUAGUAAAUCAAAUAAUUCUUAUCACUUCAUAUAUGGUUGCUUCAUUUGUUUUGAUGCAUUAAUAGUUAUGGAUAUCUUUCCUAUGACAGAUACUAUAUAUGCUAUUAUUAUCAUUUUACGUUUGUUUCAUCUUUUAGAAAUCAUAUUCAAAAUUAGCAAAGCUACUUAAUCAAUAAAGAUUCAAAUGAAAAAAGUCAUAAAAAUUUAGUAUAAUUCUUUAAAUUAACUCAAUACAACAUCAUCAUAUAAUUAAAUUAAUACUAAGAAAUUAGAAGUGUCUCCUCCUAAUUCUACAUAAACAACAAAUGCUAGUUCACUUAAUGAAGUGGAGAGUAUUUAAUAGAUUAAGAAAAGACCUCCAUUUCCUAAUGUAUAUUAAAUCAAAGUAUAGACAUCAAAAACAACGAAAAUCAAUAUUUUAAUUGAUGAACCUGAUAAAUUUGAUCUACUAUUUGAUUAAUAAUUAAAUAUAGAUAGAAGGAUGAAUCUUUAAAUCAAACUGAAUUUAUGUGCUUAAGUUUAUUACACUUUGAAAAAACAUUAUCCCUGCGAAUGGCUACUUAGAUAGAUUGCUUAAUAUCAAGCUGAGUUGUUGCUUUUAGAUUAAUGAU